GCUUGGGUUUCAUGCGCUAUAGCUGGUGAUUAUACGGAACAGGGAGCUGUGUAGCUGAGAUUAGCUACACUAAAGUGUGGAAUUUUUUUAUUUUUAAUUUUUUUAAUUUAUGGUGAAACAUUCUGGUCGAGCGUCACAAUGAGAAAGAGUGAGUUGCAUGCUGCUGAAUCAGUAGCAUGUCUGAAUAAAGCCCUAAGUCGCCUCAAGGACAUCUGGGAGGAGAUCGGCAUACCAGAGGACCAGAGAAUGCAGCGCACUGAGGCGGUCAAAAUGCACAUCAAGAAUCUUCUGGACAUGAUGAUAGCAGAGGAGGAGGGGCUGAAAAAGAGGUUGCUGAAUAGUAUCGAGUCCUGUCGAAAAGAGUUGGGUAGUUUGUGUGACGAGCUUCAACUCCCUCCGUUUGAGGAGGAUGAUGGCCUGAGUAUGCUGCAGCUGGAGAAGGAGAUUCGCACACGACUGAAGGUGAUGCUGAAGCAGAAGAACCAACGCGUGAGUGAGCUGAAGAGUCUGAUCCAGCAGGACCGUGAACUGUGCGAUAUCCUGUGUGAUAACCCGCACUCCAUCGAUCCUGAUAGUGUUCCCUCCACAGAGCAGCUGCAAAACUACCAUCAGCACAUUGCCAGCCGCAACCAGGAGAAGGAGCGCCGUUAUGCUGAGUUCGUGUCCAUCAAGCGUCAGAUCAUUGCGUUUAUGGAAGAUCUUGAGCAGAUGCCGGAAACUAGCUUUGAGAGAGAUGUGGUGUGUGAGGAGGAGGAGGAGUUCUGCCUUUCGAUAGAAAACAUCACUGCCCUGAAAGUACUACUGAGCCAGUUGGAGAAUCGGAAGGGAGAGAUUGAGGCGGUGUGUCUGUCCUACCGUGGCCGUAUAGUGGAGCUGUGGGAGAGAUUGGCGAUCCCCCAGGAAGAGAGAGAAACUCUUACUGAACACAUGCAGUGCAGCAAAAAGAGGAACAUUGAUGCUCUGCGUGUUGAGGUGGAGCGCCUGGAGGAGCUGAAGAUGAACAACAUCCAGACUGUAAUUGAGUCACUCAGAGCAGAAAUAGAAAUUCUCUGGGAGAAAUGCUUUUACAGCCUGGACCAGAGACAAGCCUUUACUGCACAUCACUCUGAUAAUUUUACUGAGGAGCUUCUGACUAUGCAUGAACAAGAAAAGCAGAAGCUAAAGCAGCAAUAUGAGCAGCAUAGAGAGCUUUAUAAUGGGGUGACUAACUGGCAGAGGAAUUGGACACACUACCAGGAACUGGAGAAAAAGGCCACAGAUCCAGCCCGCUUUCACAACAGAGGAGGCAACCUGCUACGGGAGGAGAAGCAAAGAGCAGAGCUUCAGAAGAGUCUGCCCAAGCUGGAGAAAAGUCUGAAGGUCCAGAUUGAACAGUGGGAGGUGGAGCACGGCUCAGAGUUCCGGGUCAACGGGCAGCAUUUCAUGCAGUACGUGGAGGAGCAGUGGAACCUUCACCAACUGGAGAAAGAGAAGGAGAAACUUGAGCGGCAAAUGAAAAAGAGCAAGCAGACAGAGGAGGACAUGCUCUAUGGUACAGUACUCAAAACGCCCACCAAGAGAAGACUAGGUGGUACACCCACACCUGGAAAAUCACGCAGGCUGAAUUCUGCCUCCAGUCUCGUGAGCUCUACACCCAACACCACCUUGCGCUCCAUCUGCCAGUCUUCACUCAUGAGACCGCCUCUCUCUGCCAACAAGACUGGCUUAGGUUUGCGUACGCCUGCUCGUCCUCGAACCCCUCGCGGCCUGGAGAGGAAUAAGGAAAACCUUUCUCAGCUGCCUGGUGCACUGCGCACCAUGACUUCCAGCCCAUACCAAAACUGCUCCAUCAACUCUGUCGCCAGCUCCUACUCAGAGUUUGCGAGGGAUUGUGUCAACACUGAAUCCACAGCCAUCUCCAGCGAGAACUCUCACAAGCUUCAAAGUCCAGCUGCAAGGCUGGAGUUCUGAACUCCACCAUCACGCGCUAAGUGCUGCCAUGACGAACCAUGACCCUCACUUCAACUGUCUGCUCAGCCACACCAUUUCUGUAGAUGAGAGAUUUUAAGAGGUUGCUGUAUCUAAAUUACCUGCAAAAGAUGUAUGGAACCUGUGUAAAUAUUUUACUUUGUUUUUAGCUUUCUUCUUUUUAUCUUGUUGAUGAAAGAACAUGCAUCUUGGCUCUAACCAAAUCAAUUCAACGUUCAAAAUUACAUGGCCAUUAGGUUCUGAGUUUUUAUAAAAACUGCAAUAAAUUCAUCUUCAUUUAA